UGUAACGAAAUUGGGGCCAAACAAAGUGCACACUCUGUUUGGACAAUUGUGGGGGAAAACACGUAUUCACGGACUACGGAAAAACCCAAAGUGCCGCACUAGAACAGCCUCCAACUGGACACCUACAUAAACAGUCAACACUAUGGAUUACCUUGGACUGCUUCUCGUUAUUUUACUACUACAUUGCGUAUACGCAGAGUAUUACUGGCAGCCAGAACCCCUGAUUGUGCUCUACAAUCCUGAAACUGGACGGGAAAUGGACCCCAGACUCUACAGAGAUAUGCAACUGCGUUCAGCGGGAUCAACAAGUGGCCAAAAUAUUAACGAUAAUAUCGUCCGACUUCCCAGUCUGGGAACGCCGUGUUCUUGCGAAGAUUACGUUUGUCGCUGCUGCUUGGGCAUUGGAUUCGGUAGCAUGAAGCAGACCGUGUGCAUUAAAAUUCAGUACGAAUGGCGGGAAUUCGAUGUACGAUUCUUUAUCGACUGGAACGAUCGGACUUUGGCCAGUUUUGGCAUUUCCCCCGCGCAAAAUAUGCCCGACUUUUGCACUCCGCUAGUUCUGCCGGUUCCCAUAUUCAGCUGUUUGCGUCUCUCGAAUAUACAAAUUAUCGAAAUGGAAAACAGCCUCAACUUGUGCAUAUCGCUGGUCUUCAAGAUGGUUUUCUAUCAGAUCUUUGAGUAUAAAUUCACUUGCAUGCGUUUGGGCAUGAAAGGUGUGUCCAUGGUACGAGAUCCGUACUCAUAUAUGAACAUGAAUCCCUCGAAGCUAACCGCAGGUCAACCGAUGCCCCAGACCACCAACGAUAAACUGCAAAUCUACGAUGCCUAAGUAAAGUAAUUGUUGUUUAAGCGCUACAUAAUGUACAUCCAUCCGCCUCGCAUUCUAAUUUAUAUUA